AUGAAGACCUUCUCAGCCAAAGCUAAAAGUAAAAGACCCAAGUUUCUAUUUAGCCUGAAAAUAAAUGAGUUAACCAAUAUCCCGCAAUCAUCAGGAUACUGUUCUGUAAAAUGGCAUCUCAAAGACGGAACAGGAACAAACGGACAUCAUAUUAGUUCGGCUACUCAAGAGCCUAUUAAGGCAAGCUCCCAGAGUAGAGGUUCAACGCCAAGAGUUCUUGUGAAGAAUCACCGUGCACGCUGGAAUAUAGAACUUGACAAGCCGAUACAAAUAAAGCUCACAACAGAUAAGAAUAAGAAGCUGCAUAGCAAAAUACUGAAUAUUGAUGUUUACUUCGAAUUUUUGGAGCCAAUAAAUGGUUCCGGUGGGAAACUACAUCACGCUAGAGGCAAGUCCGACACCUCGAACCAAACCUCGAGUUCUAAUUCCAGUGUAUACACUCAAAAAGUUUCCCGGAAACUCCUUCUAGGGUCGCUCUCCAUCAAUAUUGCAGAGUAUAUCAAUAGAGAGCAAACCGCAGUUACAAAUCGAUUUCUACUGCAAAAUUCAAAGGUAAAUUCCAUACUUAGUCUGGCCAUACGGAUGGAGCUUAUAAGAGGGUCCUUCGAUGACUUUAAGUUACCAGACUCCUUUUCUUCAGGUCAAUUGCCGAAUUCAUUUCGUAAUGGAAUUGGCGAAGUUUUCGAUGAAUCAUCGGAUAUGCCAUCACCUGUUUCCUCCACUUUUCCAGCAUCAACUACUUCCCCCGGUAGUGGACAGGUUCAAAGCCUUGAUAGUCAAGUGAAAAAGGCAACAGAAACGCAAGGAUCAUUUACAAUUGCUAUAAACAACCCGUUUGUGGAUAGGCUUUAUCAGAAAACGUUUCAAAUUCCUUGGGAUCCGAGACCUGGUGAGUUUACUCCUAAAGAAUGUGUUGAUGAUAUAUUUGAAGGUGGUGAUGGAUGGGCUAAGAAUGAAAGUGGCAUUAAUCUCAUCGAUAUUGAAGCAUUGCAACUGUCCGAAUUAGAGCGCAAUUAUGGAUCACAAAGAAACACUUUGGCGGCAGAUAUUACUUAUGGUGAUAUUGACAAAAGAGCGUAUUUGGAAAGAAGAAUUUACUCCGAAAGUCAAGUGAAUUCACAGAGACAACAUUCGAGUGAUGAUAGGGAGUCUAGUAAUCUUGGUAACGACGCAUGCGAAAACGAAUUCGAUGAAUAUGAAAGUAAUAAGAUUAAUGACUUUAAGAGUUGGACAAUUAGCAAGAUCCUGCCGUGA